AAGUGUCAUUGGUGUCAAACAUUUUCUGAGCACUGUAAACAAGUUUUCGUCGAUGGAAUAAAAAGUUGGCAUUUCAAUCUCCAAGUGAUGGGUCAGACUCAAAGUAUUACGGAAAAUUUGAUUCCCAACACCCUGGAUACAGUUCAAUUCGAAGUUAUCAAGCAUGCCCGUGUCCUUUCUGAGAUCGGACAACUUAGCUACGAGGAUUUUCAGAAGUGUCUGCAAGAGUUGAACGAGUUAUCACGCAAAUGUCUAGACAGCGGCGGGAAGCAAUUGGUGUUUUUGGUGAAAAAGGGCACAGACACUUCUGUCCUUUGGAAGGCCACCGUGAAAAUUGCUUGCGUGAAAGUUGAUCCAGUCUCGCGUCAAAUCGACAGCUACAAGUUUUUGAAUUUAAAGCAAUUCCUGUGCGUGUUCAAAACAUUCAAGGCACAUUUGGAUAAUUUGGUCUCGAGCGAAGAACAUCGGGAACGUCAUUAUUCUUCUGGACCGCAAUGCCUGGGCGACAUAUCAGCAUCUGUACUAAUGAAUCAGGCAACGGAUUCAUCUAGCAUAAGUUCCGACGGUUCUUCAUGUUCCACUCCACAGGAAUUCACAGAAUGUUCCAUUUGUUUGGAUAGAAAAACAGAAGUCUUGUUGCCAUGCGCUCAUACAUUUUGUGUUCCAUGCAUUGAACAAUGGAAUGUGAAUAAUAAAACCUGCCCGAUUUGCUGUGAAGAACUUGCCACCACCGACGAUACAUGGGUCAUGGCGGAAGCGCCCGGUGCCAAUGAAAUCAGCGACAAAAUAUGUGAUGAAUUGAUGAGUCUCUCGAAAAAUAAUACUUCAUAGAGUGCUUUAUUGAAUCGAAUUGUAACAUGCCAUCAAAUCGGCCAUCUAUUUGUAAUAAGUGGUGAAUGUUAUGAAAAUAUGGAGCCAGGAGCCAUGCAUGCAUGCGGACACCACAACUUUUGAAUAGUCCUAAACGUUGCAGUUGAACUGCGAACAAAACCAAUCUAAAUGUUGCCAAAUUCAGCGCUGAAUAAAAACUACUCUGCCGCCUCAAAGGCUAGAAAAGCAACCAAGAAGACAACUAUGCAACGAGCAAACAAUGUACACUUUCACAAAUCCUUUGGCUGUUUUUUCCCAUCAACUUCCUACCUUAUGUCGUUAUUAUUAUUAUUGUUGACCUUAGUGAUUGUUCCUUUGUUCAUAGCAUAAGUGAAAAAAUGUGUAAUUUAAAUAAUAAUAUUGUAUUUAUCUUAAAUUUAAUUAAACAACUGUUUAUUUUGACGCA